CUAAUGCCCCGUAUGUUGACAACAGCUACAAGUGGGCCGGAGGGGGACUACUGUCCAACGUGUACGACCUCUUGAAGUUCGGCAAUAUUAUGCUAUACAGCUAUAAGGGCGGCACCGCUGAUGGCAAACCCGGUCUCAUCAGCAAAGAGAUUGUGGAUAUGAUGUGGACUCCGGCAGAGAAUACCAGAGAGAAGCGACAGUUUGGUGGAUACGGUAUCGGUUGGACGGCUAUUAGGGAUGAAACGGGUGAACAUGCCUUCUGUUCAGAGCCGGUGUUCCCUAAUCUGUUUGGACAUACGGGCGGU